UUUUUUUGAUCAUGUUCCUCUGUCUUAGUGCAGACUUUGCCAGUCUAUCUCUUAUGGUCACUAAUUCACCACAACACCACAUUAUCUUUCCCUAUCUUUAUCUUUCCAAAUACACAUUUUUGUAUCUUAAAUAUAUUCUCUUCUCUUCAAAGUUAGCAUAACACAAAAAAGAGGAGAAUGGGUAACACCAAACUCCCAAAAGUACUCAUGUUACUCUUGACCUUAAUUCUUGCAGCUAAAGUUAUACAAGGAAUUGAAACAAAAGGGUGGAUAUCUCAAUCCUCACAACCUCAAAGAGAACUAAGUUUGAAGGGUAGCAUCAAUGAAGCAUGGAAACAAAGAAAUUCUAGAAGAUUGAUGAUUGGAUCCACAGCACCAACAUGUACUUACAAUGAAUGUAGGGGGUGCAAAUAUAGAUGCAGAGCUGAGCAAGUUCCUGUGGAGGGAAAUGACCCCAUCAACAGCCCUUAUCACUACAGAUGUGUUUGUCAUAGAUCAUGAUAUAUAAUAUAUUAUGAUUAUGAUUAUAGUCAUUAAAAUAGAUUAUAUAGCAUAAUGUUAAUUUUGUGUUUUGGUAGAGUUGAGUUUAUCUACAACCCUUCUUCUAAUUAGUUGUUAGUGCUUAUGGUGAAAUGUUCAAAAUUUUGCAUUUGCUAUGUUGUCAUUCAAUUAUAAUAAUGAGAAGCCUAUUUGUUAAGUUUCAUUUUCA